GCGAGGCGAUUUGCGAUGGCAAUGCCAAUGGCUUGAAACAGAUUCGUCGCAGUUCUCCAACGGUACGGAGGUGCAACCGCUUAAUUCGCGCAAAACCCGAAAACAAUCACUACCCAAUUAUUAAAUAGUUGCUAACAAGAUUCAUAAUGUUGCAAUAUCUUGUGGUCACCCUGGCACUUUGUGCCACGAUCUCUUCUGCCGCUCAGACGCGUAAUAUGCCCAUUCAGGCUAUAGCUUAUCUGGUCGGACCUGUGCAAUCGGAUAAUACUCAGGUCAAGGGCAAUGUGACUUUUACGCAGAACGAUUGUGGCCAGAAUGUCCAUGUGCGCGUCCAGUUGGAAGGAUUAAAGGAGGGCAAGCAUGGCUUCCACAUCCACGAGAAGGGAGAUCUGACCAACGGAUGCCUCAGCAUGGGUGCCCACUACAAUCCCGAUAAGGUUGAUCAUGGUGGUCCCGAUCACGAGGUGCGUCACGUUGGCGAUCUGGGCAACCUGGAGGCCAACUCCUCGGGCAUUAUCGACGUCACCUACACGGAUCCUGUGAUCACUUUAACUGGCAAAAUGGCCGUUAUUGGCAGGGGAUGUGUUGUCCACGAACUGGAGGAUGAUCUUGGCCUGGGCAACCACACGGAUUCCAAGAAGACUGGCAAUGCAGGUGGCCGCAUUGCCUGCGGUGUUAUUGGUAUCAAUGCCCCACCUGUAUCUGCACCUGCACCACCACAACCACCAAAACGUCAUCAGCCACUGUACUAUGUGCCCCAUGGGGAGCCACAAGAUCAUGUUGUCUAUCCACUACAGCGCUAUCCCUCGUACCCACUGCCAUACCUAAGCCCAUACCCAUAUCCGCACCCAUAUCCGCACCCAUAUCCCUAUCCGUAUCCGUUUUCGCACCAAUCUGUGUACCUGUGAGAUCGCGAGAGUACUACUACUACCUGUUCGCCUGUUCCACCUCUAAUUGCAGCUCGGAUGUGGACGAAUGGCCAUGUCGCGAUGGUGGCGCCGGCGCCCUCCGCUAUUCCCUCUCCAUCCUGACCGUCAUCGUAGCAAUCUUCAUGGCUCGAAGCCUCAACUAACCCACUGCACCCUGGAAUUGGAUCGAAUGAGCAUGUGGCAUGGGACUAUUGACCAUUGUAGAGAUCCGCAUCCCCACCUACACCACUAAUCACAACAACCAUUAGUCGCACACACACACACACACACCCACAAAAGUAAUUAUAAUACUCCAGCAACAACAGCAUUAUCCACCCGAAAAGUGACCUUUGAGGAACUAACUAAGCUACUUAUACUGUGUUUGAGUUGAUUGAUAAUAAAGUUUGUUAAUUGUA